UGGGCCUAAUACCCACAAAAAAACUCUAAAAUAAAAUUUUGGUUUUGAUUUAUAAACUUAAAUCAAUAAUAUAAAUAUGAUUUUUCAUAAAUGAACAAAAAUCCGCGCAAUCGCGCGAAUCUAUAUCUAAUAAUAACUUAAUACUAUAUCUUUAAAGUUACAACAUAAAAUAUAUUAGAUUUAGAAAUCAAUAUUUUAAAGCUUUAUAUUUAGUGUUUUAAAAGUUAUUGAUAUAAAUCUACAACAAUAAAAUCUAGCGCUACAACAUAAAAACUUACAUCCUAUAUUUAAAUUAAAGUGACAACCUCUACCAAUCAAUCCUUUUAUCUUCCUAAAUGAUGCAGUGUGAAAACCAAUUUAUUAAUGCAUAUCUUUUAAAAAAAAUCAUAUUUUGUAAUAUUCUUGAACUUUUAAUAGCAAAACAUUCUUUUAUAGACUGAAAGUUUAUAUACCUAAUUAUGAUUAUUUGAUUCCACACAAAACUUUUUUAUUUCUUGUGAACAACAAGGCAGCAUUGCAUGAUUGAUUUACUAAUCUAAGAGUCAUAACUACUUUUUAAUUUCAUUUACCAAAUGGUGAACACAAUUACAUAAAAUAUCUUAUGAACAUUAAUAUCCGAAUCCAUGCCUAUCCUCCCUAAGAGAGACCUUUAAGUAAUGUACAUAGAUUACAUUUUUAUUAUAAAUAGAUACAAUUAACUACUCAAACUCUUCACUAAUUCUCAAAAGAAAUAUGAAUCCUUCUCAGAAGCGACCAGUUGUCAAUGCAUCUAGAGAUUUUCCACCUGGUCGUGGAACUUCCACUAAUGUUCCUGACAAGGCUUUCAAGAAAUCAAGAGCAGGUGAUGUGGUUGUUCAUCAUGCUGUUGCAAAUUCAGAACCCGUUGAAGUUUCUCCCGGAGAAGAACAAGAGUUUAGAAACUCUCAUCAAGAACAUGUUCCUACACCUCGUGAGAAAGUGCAUGAGGUCUUGCGUGUUUUCAAAGAAGUGUUCACACAGUUGGAUCGAGAGAAACAAGCUAGGCGCGGUGGAGAUUUAUACGAGGCGACAGCUCGAAUAGACCUCAAAACACAAGUUUUCUUAGAGAAAGAAGGCAAACAUGUGAACACGCCGAACAGAAUUGGACAAGUUCCUGGAAUCGAAGUUGGGGAUGAGUUCCAGUACAAAGCUGAACUUCGUGUCGUCGGGCUUCAUUUCAGGACCAUGUCCGGGAUCGACUAUGUGGAAGUUGAAGGUGUGAAGUUGGCGACAAGCAUCGUUUCGUCGGAAAGAUAUGAUUUUGAUGAUAAGUUUGAUGCUGAUGUUGUGAUAUAUACUGGGGAAGGAGGAAACGUGAUUAACAAAGAAAAGAAAGCUGAAGAUCAGAAGAUGAUAAAGGGCAAUUUAGCAUUAGCUAACAGCAUGAGGCAUAAGAGGGAAGUGAGAGUGAUACGUGGAGACGAGAGAUGGGAUGGUAAAGGGAAGCAUUAUGUGUAUGCUGGAUUGUACUUAGUUGAUAAGUACUGGUUAGAGAAAGGAGUUAGUGGUAAGAGUGUGUACAAGUUUAAGCUUUGUAGAAUUCCUGGUCAACCUCCGCUAACUUGAUAACCAUAUUUGAAGGAACUAUCAAAUAAAUGAAAAACUAUAAUUGUAUAACUAAUAAAUAUUAUUUAAUAAAGGGUUGAUAGUGAAGUA